CUCUAAAACCCUUAAACCCGACACAUCCGACGCCGCCUCCUCUCUUCGCCGCUCCCACCCGACCUCCAAAGAUUUUUCCCGACGAGUGGUAGGAGCUUUCUCUCUCGUCUCGAUAGCCCUAAAGAUCAGACCUUGAUCUACUGGUGCCAGGUGAUUGAGCGGAGUAAGAAAUGCUGGUGCUUUUCGAGACUCCUGCGGGCUUCGCCCUGUUCAAAGUUCUGGAUGAGGGGAAGCUCUCCAAAGUUGAAGACUUGUGGAAGGAGUUUGCGACAUCUGAAUCAGCUAGACAGGUGGUAAAAUUGAAGGCAUUCAGUAAAUUUGAGAACACUGCAGAAGCUCUAUCAGCAGCAACCUUGUUGAUUGAUGGCAAGCCAAGCAAGGGUCUCCGCAAGUUUCUGCGUGCUCACUGUGAUGGCGAAACGUUAGCUGUGGCCGAUUCCAAACUUGGAAAUGCAAUAAAAGAAAAACUGAAAAUAGAUUGCCUUCACAGCAAUGCUGUCAUGGAGCUGAUGAGGGGAUUGAGAAGCCAACUGACGGAACUCAUAUCAGGGUUGGCUGUGCAGGAUUUGGCUCCAAUGAGUUUAGGGUUGUCGCACAGCCUAUCUAGAUACAAGCUAAAGUUCAGCCCUGAUAAAGUUGAUACAAUGAUUAUUCAAGCAAUUGGCUUGUUGGACGAUCUUGACAAAGAGCUCAAUACUUAUGCCAUGAGAGUUCGUGAAUGGUAUGGCUGGCAUUUUCCUGAGCUUGCUAAAAUUAUACAGGACAAUAUUCAGUAUGCAAAGGCUGUGAAGCUGAUGGGCUGUCGUGCUAAUGCAGUAAACCUUGAUUUCUCUGAGAUAUUGUCAGAGGAGGUUGAGACAGAGCUGAAGGCAUCUGCAGAAAUAUCCAUGGGAACUGAAGUCAGUGACCUAGACUUAGCGAAUAUCAAAGACCUAUGUGACCAAGUACUUUCUCUUUCAGAGUAUAGAGCUCAAUUGUAUGACUACCUGAGAAGCAGAAUGAAUACCAUUGCACCAAACUUGACAGCCCUUGUUGGGGAAUUAGUUGGAGCUCGUCUUAUAGCUCAUGGUGGCAGUUUGUUGAAUUUGGCAAAGCAACCUGGAAGCACAGUUCAGAUUCUUGGUGCAGAGAAGGCACUUUUUAGAGCUCUGAAGACAAAGCAUGCUACACCAAAAUAUGGUCUUAUCUUCCAUGCAUCCUUAAUUGGUCAAGCAGCUCCAAGAUUCAAGGGAAAGAUUUCUCGUUCCCUCGCUGCAAAGACAGCACUGGCCGUGAGAUAUGAUGCCCUUGGUGAUAGUCAAGACAACACUAUGGGAUUAGAGAAUCGUGCCAAGCUUGAAGCUCGCUUGAGGGUUCUUGAGGGCAGAGAACUGGGUCGUUCUGCUGGGUCGUCAAAAGGCAAGCCCAAGAUUGAAGUUUAUGACAAAGACCGGAAGAAAGGUGCAGGAGCAUUGAUUACUGCUGCCAAGACGUACAAUCCAUCAUCUGAUUUAGUACUUGGAGGAACCAUUGAACCAUCUGGUGAGCAGGAAAGAGCACCUUCAAAGAAGAGGAAGCAUGAAGAUGUGGAACCAACAUCUGCUGGGGAGGCUCCUGUCCGAGAAGGAGAAGGGGAUGAUGAAGAGAAAAAGCAGAAAAAAAAGAAGAAAAGGAAAGUUGUGGUAGAGAGCACCAAGUUGGAAAAUAAUGACCAGGUUCCUGGAGCAGCAGCAGAAGAGCCAGCUAAGAAGAAGAAGAAAAAGAAAACUGAAGCUCAAGGCAGUGAAGUGGAGAAUCAGGGUCAGACUGAUGUACCAGAAGCUGAUCAGGUCCCUGACACAAAAGAAAAGAAGAAGAAGAAGAAGAAGAAGCAUACUGAAGCACACGAGGAACCAGAAGCUGAAAUGCAAAGCAAGAAAAAGAAGAAAAAAGAGAGAAAGGGCGAGUGAUGCAUUGGAGGGAGAAUGCUGUUCAUCGUGAUACUGAAGGUUAAGGCCUGAUGCAGUUUUUGCCUCGUUGAUAUAGGUUUCAUGGUGACAAGAUUCAGAGUAAUUGUCUUCUUUCGUUAGUUUUGUCGGCUUGAAUUAGUAGUGUCUACGAUGUUCAUUUCAGUUCUGACCAGCAUGAUCUGCCAGAGAUGCACCAGGCAUUGUUACGCCAACUCCUUAUGCACACCCAUUAAAUGUUCGUGAAAUCAAAGUCGAGAGAGAUCAGAUAUUGUCGGAUUGUUUCUGUAGGAAGUUUGGUUCAAUCAUCUACUGUCUAGUUCAUUCAUACUCUGGGCAGGAAUUGAUUUUAAAGUAUCUGUUUAUGUUAGACAUGAUAAAAGUCAUUUUCCAAUGGACUAUCCUAUAAAAAACAGUUUAAUUCAAA